AUGAAAUAAUAAAGUGCAUCAAAACCAAAAAUUACUACGCAACUACCAAUGCUACCAGAAAUAAAGAGAUAGUCAAAGGAUUCAAUGGAGGCUCCUCUGUAAGUGUGUAUGAAUAUAUAGGAAAUUAAUGAAACCAGCUAUUUAGAAUCCUUUAUCAUUAUCUCGCAUCUCAAGAUAAUCAAGCAGCAUAGAAACUACAAUCUCAUAAGAAUCAUAACGGAAGUAGUAAUAAUCGAAGAAGUAAACCAUAGAGCCCUUGGUAAAGAAUAAGACAUACUUUAAUCAUCGUUCAUUAAUGAACGAUUAUUUGAAGAGAUAGAACAUUUCUAUUGCAACUAAAGUGUUUUGCUUUAAUUCGUAGGAUGAGUAUGUACGAAGGUGCUUAUAAAGACAUGGUUGGCUUGAAACAUCUUGUAACUAAUAAAUUUUUGAUCUCAAAUGGGUUUAUAAUGACACUCCGGAUGAUUUUAAAACAUUAGUGGAUGGACAAUUUUACAAUCAUUUUAGUAACACCAAGGAACUUACAACAAAAUCGUGUUUAUUAGCAAAUUUCAAAAAUUAAUGUGAUUAUGGAUAUGAUACUAGUACUUUCUUUCCUAGAGCCUUUGAUUUAGGAAAUGCAACUGACAGAGAUGAUUUCCUCAAAGAAUAUGAAAGAACUGCUGUCACCAUUAUAUUAAAAAAGGCUAUUAUUGCUUUAAGAGUGAAGAGAAAAAAUGAGAUGAAGAAGAUAAAGGAAGUUAUAUUUCAGGAAUGGAAGAAGAAGGAAGAGAACUCAAAGAUUAGAAGAAUUGAUAUGAAGAGAACUGUAAAGAGGAAAUACAAAAACAUUUAUACCGCACAGGAAUUGUAAGACUCAUCUCAGCAAUCGGAUAUCAAGUUUGAUUGUUCCAUUAUGUCUGAAGUGUUAUCGAGACUUUCGGAUAUGAAAAGAUAGUUAAAGGAUGGAUUUUAUGAUGAUAAGAACUUUGAAUUGAGCCAGCAAUACAUAUCAAGAACUCGAUAUAAGUAAUAUUGACUAAGUGAUUUAGUAUAAUUACAUAUUCUCAGAUUUAGAAAUUCGACAAAGGUUCAAACCCAAGCAAAUUUCUCAUUAGAAAAUUGUACAGAUAUCAUUUGUUUUUUAAAAAAUAUGAUCCAGCUUACAAAGUUGAUGGGGUCCACAAUAUUUGGAUUAUUAAACCAGGAGGGUGUGCAAGAGGAUCAGGAAUUUAUUUAGAGAAGGAUAUUGCAGAAGCUCUCAACAGUGGUUAAUAAAUGUAAGCGAGAUUGGUGUAAAAGUAUAUAGAAAGACCAUUGUUAUAUAAAGGAUUCAAGUUUGAUUUGAGACAAUGGGUUCUAGUUAGGAGUUUCUAACCUUUGUAAGCCUUUGUUUUCAGUCAUUGCUAUAUGAGGAUGUGCAGUUAACCAUAUGAUGUGAAAGACACAAAGAAUUUAUUAAAGCAUUUGACAAAUUUCUCUUUAAACAAAUCAGAAUUUAAGAAGUAAGUGAGCAAUUAUAAUACAUUAGUAAAAAUGAUUCAAUUUACAGUAGUGAUUUUAUGUAGCAAUGGCUUCCUGUUGAUUGGUAAAAGGUAGUUAGACCAUAAUGCAAUGAGUUAAUGAUCAAAACACUCAAGAUAUUGUAAGAUCAAUUUGAAGGAGAAUCUAAAUAUUGCUUUGAAUUAUUUGGUUUUGAUAUUAUGUUAGAUGAAUAUUGUAAACCAUGGUUGUUGGAAGUCAAUCUAUCCCCAGCAUGUGCAGAAAGGGCUGAUUGGUUACAUGAAAUGUUGGAUUCUAUGGCCGAGAGUAUGUUUAAUAUAGUAUUUGGUGAUGAAUUCAUAAGACCUAAAAAAUAUUAUUAUGAGUUAUUGAUAGAUGAAGAAUAAAAUUACAAUAAUUAAUAAUAGAAUGAUGGUUAAUUUGAGUUAUGGGGAUAGAAAUGCAAUAUUAAGAGAGAAAGGAUGAUCGAUAAGAGAUAUAUAGAUUCGCUGGCAGCGUUGAUGAUAUAGAAGUUUUAUAGAAUGUACAAGGCUAAAAAGAUAAAAUGGUUUUUAAGAGAUACAAAAUAUGCUAUUGUCAUAUAAAAAUAUGUUAGGAGAAUGCUUGCUAAGUUAUUAAGGAUAAGAUUAAAAAAAUAUUAUUCAGCAAGGAAGUUAUAAACGCUUAUCAGAGGAUUUCUAGCCAAAAAGAGGAAAUUUCAUUUGAAAAGAGCCAAAAUGGCAACUAAAAUUCAAUGUCGAUUUAGAUGCAAUCAAGCUAUUUAGAUUAAGAGUUAAUUAAAGAGAGAAUUAGCACUUUUGUAUUUAGAAUAAUUGAUCUCAAUUAAAAUCUCAUCUAAAUUGGCUAAUGAACUUAAAUAAAAGCUAUUUAAAUAUAAAAGGAUACAGAGAUGGUGGAAAUUAAUAUACAGAAAAAGGGUAAAAUAGAGUGCAAAAAUAAAUUCACUUUUUAAAUGGUAUUUAUUUAUAAUCAUCAAUAUAGUUUUAUUUAAAAAAGGAAAUACAAGAAAUUACUUAAAAAUCAUAGAUCUGCUAUCGUAAUUUAGAAGAAUUAUAAACGAUUCUAAGCAAUUAAGUUGAGAAAAAGAUUGGAAAAAGAAUAAUCAACUCUUUUGUUAUAAUGUUUAAUGAGAAUUAAAUUGGCAAAAAGGUAAUAGAAAUUAGAGAUUCUUCAAAAGGGAUUGAAUAAAUUAACAAAGGCAUACAGUAGACAUAAAUCAAGAGUGGCUAUGGUCAACAUUUGGAAUAUGGGAUUGUUAAGGGUUAAGGCUAUUGGAAAAAUAUAAUCAUAUCGACUUGUGAUCAAAUCAAAGAGAUACGCUCGUAGACUCAAACGAUUAAAAAAGUUUAUUAGAUUGUAGGCAUUUAUAAAAGGGUUUUUAUAAAGAAAGAGAUAUAGAAGAUUAAUCAAAAGGAAAAGAGCAAUCAAGUUGAUCAUUAAAUGUAUCAGGAAAUAUAUUUUUAAAAAGAAGAUAAAGAGAAGAAUCUAAUAGAAAAAGGGAAGAGGACUUAAUCUAUAUUCCUAAUAGCCGAGUAAAGCUAAUACAAUUCAAACUACGUCUACUAGAAAUUCAUAAACUAUAUAACAAUUUCAAAGCUAAAAUGUAAAGAAAUAAGCAAGCCAAAUUCCUAAAAAGAAAUGA